AAUUUCAAAAGCACGGUGAUCUCUUUGGAGGUAGUUUCAAGAGGGCACUAAUUGUAGGACCCUCAAAUUCGGGUAAAACCAACGUCAUUUUAUCUUUGGUCGAACAUCCUAAUGGAAUAAGAUUUGAAAACGUUUACUUAUAUUCCAAAUCCCUGCAACAGUCAAAAUACGUGUAUUUGAGAGAACUGCUAAAGCCUCUACAAGAGAUAGGCUUUUUUUGACUUUGAGAGCGAUGAAAAUAUCGUUCGAGUGUCGCAGAACUAUAAUACGAGGGCUGGAUGACUUGUGGCAAGCGGAUUUGGCUCAGCUAUACUCACCGAUACGCGAAACAAAAUAAAAACUUUAAAUUCAUACUAGUCGUGAUCGAUUGCUUUUCAAAAUACGUGUGGUGUCGACCGUUAAAAACAAAAACCGGCGUUUACCCAAAUUCUCAAAAAAAGACGCCGGCCGCAAAAUCUGCAAAACGAUCUCGCCAAAGAGGUUUAUAAUAUCAAUUUAAAAAAAAUGACGACUAUGUUUGACAUUAAUCACUACAGUACAUAUAGCAACGCGAAAGCUGCCGUAGCCGAGAGAGUUAUACGCAUUCUAUAUAUUCAUUAACUGUAAUGUGAUAUAAAAAAUAAAAUCGCAACAAUAUAUAGUUCCAGUCGUUUUAUUUCAAAUGUUUGCGAGGACGCUCUUGGUCAGAUCUAAAUUAGAUCCAAAAGUAUCUACGAAGUUGUUCUCGAACAGGUCCAAAAAGUCUAAAGGAACAGGUUUCGACAGAUCCGACACAGACAUGACCCGGUAAAUAGUUUCGCUUCGUUUGUUGUUGGCAUAAAUUUUCCCGUAAUAACUAUUAACAUUAUUGAAUGUUUGCAUUAUUUUAAAUUCAUUAUCGCGAAAGGAAAUGACGUUAUUAAUAAAGUGACCGCCGCCGGAGUCAGUCUUCAUCAUUUGGGAUUUUUUUUGUGUUUCACUACUUACAAAAAGAAAAAUAAUGUUCGCCUGCGAAUAUUGCAUCCGCUCGUUUAGCAGAAAAGAGCACCUCGCCAAGCACGGGGAUUGUCGCGCAGCAAUAAAAAUUUAUGACGUUUGCGGUGGGAUAUACAAGUCCGCGAGAAACAUGAGGUCCCCAAGGCGAAAAGGACCCGCCGGCGCCCCUAUUGCUACCGAUGGACCCAAGCGUCCGAGACUAUCGGAAGGUAAGAUUUUUGUUCCGAUUUGUAUUAUUAUAUUUUAUAGCUUCGAAAUCAUCACCGUCAUCCACGCGCCAUUGUACGCAGUAUAACUUGGCAAUUCCCGCAAUGAGAUGGCAAUGACACUUGCGUACUUUAACUCACCGCCAAAAAUGCAGCGGGAUGCAGGAGGAAGGAGUUUAAAUAAUGCAGACCUACUUCCACAACCGCGUAGUUACAUACCGUCUGACUUGGCCCGUCAACCCUACAGAUGUUAAGGGUUUCUUGGACCGCCUUAGCCUUGGUAGAGUCGAACGUCCGGCGCUUCGAAGUCGGUAUGGAGCUAUUCGGAAACUUCCUCCUGCAAACUAGAGAGCAAGUGGAAGUCAACUCUUUUAACACUAAGUAUCGGGUGGUGAGCGGUAACAGCAAUCUGGAUAAGCUGUACGUCCAGUUUCGCGAAAUCCUGGCUGUUAAAGCUUUCGAGUUUCAGAAAAGGGACAGCGGUAUGGUUCAUAAAGACGUGUACUAUUUCGAAACUAUUUUUUUUCUUUUUUCCUUACGUUGGGCGUUGCAGAAUCUCCUCCAUUUAGAUACAGGGAUUAAGAAGUACAAUCAUCUAAAGGUGUCGUCCUAUAUUAGCCCGCCCCAGGAAAUCGAGGCCAAGAAAGCAGUUUUGAACGUGCAAAACACGGACAAAAAAUGCUUUAUGUGGUCUAUCUUGGCUGCUCUCCACCCAGUCCACUGGAUAAAUAACGCCAACAGGGUCAAUAACUAUGUAGAGUUUCAGAACGAGCUGGACUUUACAGCCGAUAUCUUUGAAAACUUCAGAGAGGUGUAUCUGAAAACGUACGGUCUGGACCCGAAUCAGUUUUAUACGACCCCGGGUCUAUCUUGGUCGAGCGCCCUUAAGGCGACGAAGGUCGAACUGGACCUGUUUGACCGACGUUGACAUAACACACUUCUUGAAGCACGGUAUCCGCGGAGGAGUCAGUCAGUGUAAGAAAGGCUGCGGUUAGUAAUAAAUUUUUACCUAAUUACAACCCUUCCAAACCUACCUUUUACGUUAUGUACUUGGACGCUACAAAUUUAUAUGGGAUGGGCAUGUCACAAUACCUCCCAAUGGGAAACUUCGAGUGGUUGGAGGAGGGCAAAAUUCAAAAUUUAUACAUUACGAAUAUCCUGAACAAAUCACCUAGGGGGUAUAUUUUCGAAGUAGAUGGACUAUCCGGAAGUAUUGCAUAACGCACACCAUGAACUGCCUUUUUGCCCGGAAUCCAUCGUUUCGCCAAUCGCAAAAACCAAAAUUAAAAAACUUAUUCCAAAUUUAAACAACAAACGCAAUUAUGUAUUGCAUUAUAGAAAUCUGCAACAGGCGUUAAGUAACGGCUUAAAGCUUGUUCGGAUCCACCGCGUUCUUGCUUCUGAUCAAUCUCCGUUGUUAAAACAAUACAUAGACUUUGAAUACGGCGAUGCGUAAUCAAGCUAAAAAUAAGUUUGAAAAAAAUUUUUUCGAGCUUAUGAAUAAAGCAGUGUUUCGAAAAACUAUGGAAAACGUCGACAAAAGGGUGGACGUGCGGCCCGUUGGGAAAAUAUUGGUGAAAUCUAAUCGCUCUCCAAAUGGAGAGGACUAAAGUCGAAUAUGAUAAUCCUAUCUACGCGGGAUUUGGACUCUCAUAUACCACUUUUUUUACGGCUAUUAAAAAGCCAAGUAUGGCGAUAAGGCCGUCUUACUCUACGCCGAUACCGACAGCUUCGUUGUCCAAAUUUUUUGCGAAAAUUCCUACGGAGAUGUGAAAGAAAAUUUGGCAGAUUCGAUACGUCUAAUUACUCGGAGAACAACCAACACGGCAUUUCCGUAAACAAGUCCGUUCUUGGAAAAAUGAAGGUCGAAUACGCGGGACGGCCGUUGUGGGAAUUCUUAGGUACGGGAGCGAAAGCCUAUUGCGACUUGGUCAGUCAGCGCGAACUUAGUCUCGACUAUAAGCGCGCUAUGGACGAAGCAUUGUCUUACGCGGACGACAAACGACAUCUUAUACCCGGCUCAGAGUACACGCUAGUUUGGGGUCAUCGAAAUUUGGCAUAAUACAAAGAGCACCGGGAAAAUCACUGACGAAUCGCCCACAUACAGGGUACUUUAGAUUAAGGGUAUAGUUUUAUAUAAUAUUUGUGUUUAAUUUAUGUAAGUUUAUGUCCAUAUAUGUGCGUAGCUUAAAAAAAUUAAACCUAAUUAUUUCAUUUAUACCAUGAACGGGUUUUGUAUAUAACACAUGUUUAACAACACAAUUUGUUCGAUGUGAGUACAAUUAAACGUCUUUUUUUACUACAUUUUUUGAUUUGUUUACAUCGCUUCUGUAUCUCCGCGAUCUCAUUGGAUUUGUUCAAUGCUUUAGAUUCUUUUCGCUAUGUACGUCUCAGUCAAUAAAAAUGUAUUUUGUCUAUUAUUGCUUUUUUGUUCCGACC